AUGAUUGCUUCUCUUAUGACUAAGUUAUUGCAAAAGAAUGUCAAAUUUGAAUGGACUGAUAAAUGUCAACAAAGUUUUGAGAAAUUGAAGGCGUUAUUGACUGAGGCAUCGGUGUUGGUGCAACCUGAGACAGGGAAAGAGUUUAUAAUUUACAGUGAUGCAUCAUUGAAUGGUCUUGGAUGUGUGCUAAUGCAAGAAGGAAAUGCAAAUGUAGUCGCUGAUGCUUUGAGCAGAAAAUCUUUGUUUGCUUUGAGAACCAUGGAUAGGAGUUUAGCUUUGUCUGAGGAGGGUUUAAUUUUGGUUGAGUUGAAAGCUAGACCGUUAUUUUUGCAGCAAAUUUUUGAAGCUCAGAAGAAUUAUAGUGAAUUACAAGUCAAGAGAUCUCAGUGGGAAUCAGGUUGUGAUUCAGAUUUUCGAAUUAGAUCAGAUGAUUGCCUAAUGUUCCGAGAUAGGAUAUGUGUACCAAAAGAUGAUGAGUUGAUUCGGACAAUUUUACAUGAGGCACACAAUGGUAGUUUAUCAGUUCACCCAGUAAAAUCUGAACAUCAAGCACCUUCGGGUCUACUUCAACCAUUAUUGAUUCCUGAGUGGAAAUGGGACAGAAUCACGAUGGAUUUUGUGACGGGUUUGCCUCUGACUCCUAGGAAGAAAGAUGCUAUUUGGAUCAAGAAAGAUGUGGAAUCAGCCUCGAUAAGGGAAAGGAAAAGAUUGUGGAUUAAAUUGCGAAAUUCCUAUGUUUUGCACCGAGGCUACUAUGUUUACCAGAAGGCUUUGGUCAAGUGUGUAGUACUACGUGCAGGCUACUACGUGAACUGGAAAGUUUGA